GUAGACUUCAAACUGAGCUCCGUCGAUCUUGCCUUCGCCAACUCUUUACGGCGGGCGAUUCUCGCUGAAGUCCCCACGAUGGCCAUCGACUUGGUUGAGAUCGAAGCCAACACCUCUGUCCUCCCGGACGAGUUUCUCGCGCACCGUCUCGGUCUCAUCCCGCUGAACUCCAAGAACUGCGACCAAGACGUCGAGUACACGCGCGACUGCGACUGCGAGAACCACUGCGCACGAUGCAGUGUGACGCUGACGCUGCAUGCGCGCUGCACGGGCGACGAGGUCAUGCCGGUGUAUGCGCGCGAUCUAGUCGUCAGCAGCGAGCGCGCGAACGAGUGGGUAGGGAGCCCGGUCAUUACGGAUCCCGAGGGCAAGGGACCGAUCAUCGCCAAGUUGCGAAGGGGCCAGGAGCUUAAGAUGACUUGUAUUGCGAAGAAGGGAAUUGCUAAGGAGCAUGCGAAGUGGGCGCCCACGGCGGCGGUUGGGUUCGAGUAUGAUCCGCAUAACAACCUCCGCCAUGUGGACUACUGGUACGAGGAGGAUCCUAUCAAGGAGUGGCCCGUCUCUCAGAACGCAGCCUGGGAACCACCCGCGGCUCCCGAUCAGCCAUUCGACUACGACGCCCAACCAACCACUUUCUACGUCGACGUUGAGAGCGUCGGCAACCUCGAUCCAGACGCUAUCAUCCAGCAGGGUAUCGUCGUCCUACAAAGGAAGCUCGCCUCCGUCAUCUCCGCCCUUACGGGCAGCGGAGAUGGCGACCGCAACGGCGUCGCUGAAGAUGAAGACAUGAUGGGCGGCGUCCGCAGUCCUGACGCAUAUGAGCCUCCCGAGGGUAUCGAUGGCGGCUUCACGGCUUAUGCUAAUGGUGCCACAAGCGCCUGGGGAGGCGUAGGUGGCACGACGCCAUAUGGAGCCACGCCGUAUGGACAGAGCGGUUACGGAUUCUGA